GAGAACACAGGCUGAUGUUACAACUGACAUGGCACAAACGCACAGUGUAAAAAGCAGCAAACUGCCAUCAAUGUCGGCACAAAGAAGAGACAAAGCAACCCUGGCACCACGAAAGAUAUUUACCUAAUGCACCACAGGAAAAUACUGCAUCUGUCUGGACAUACAGCUCUCCUAGGAAUUUUUCUUUCAUAAUGACUUCUUGGGUGCGAUGUAUUUUCCCUAUCUCUGUCCUGAGUGUUACAGUUCUGCUCUUUUAUUAUAACAACAGCCUUUUAAAAUACGCAGGUCGCCAAAGGUAUAAUAUCACUGAGGAGAAACUACUAUUAGCUGAAACCUGUGAGGCUUUCCUAAACGGACAGAAAUCAUUUGCCUGGGAAUCUACAUUACUGACAGCAUUCGAAAAAUCCAGCUGCCCUGAGUAUGUCAGGCAAAAUCACUUCAUCAUGUCUCCCCUUUCAGAAGAAGAGGCUGCCUUUCCGUUAGCCUAUGUUCUGACGGUGCACAAGGAAUUUGACACAUUCGAGAGACUGUUCAGAGCUGUCUACAUGCCCCAAAAUGUAUACUGUAUCCAUGUUGAUGAGAAGGCGACUGCUGAUUUCAUGCAGGCUGUGAGCAGUUUAGUGCAAUGUUUCCCCAACGCUUUUCUUGCUUCACGAAUGGAACCAGUGGUGUAUGGUGGAAUAUCCAGACUCCAGGCUGAUCUGAAUUGUAUGAAAGAUCUUGUGGCAUCGGAUGUGCAGUGGAAAUAUGUUAUAAAUUUGUGUGGGCAAGAUUUCCCUUUAAAGACAAACAAGGAAAUAAUACAUCAUAUUAAAUCAUUUAAAGGGAAAAAUAUAACCCCCGGGGUAUUACCACCUGCCCAUGCAAUACCAAGGACCAAAUAUGUUCAUCGGGAGGAUAUAGUCAAUUCACGUGUAAUAAGGACAAAUGUUUUAAAGCCCCCACCUCCUCAAAAUAUCACAAUUUUCUUUGGCUCUGCCUAUGUUGCACUCACAAGGGAAUUUACACGGUUUAUUCUAGAAGAUCAGAGAGCUACUGAUUUGUUGCUGUGGUCCAAGGACACUUACAGCCCAGAUGAGCAUUACUGGGUGACACUGAACAGAAUUGCAGGUCAUUAUGUACGGGAUAUAUGCAUAUAUGGAACAGGAGACUUGCAGUGGCUAAUGAAUUCAAGAAGUGUAUUUGCUAACAAAUUUGAAGUGAAGUCAUACCCCCCCACCGUGGAAUGCCUUGAACUGAAGAUCAGAGAGCGAACUCUAAAUCAGAGUCAAGUCACUGUGCAACCGGAGUGGUAUCUGUGAGUAGGGAAAGAAGGCAAACACCAACAAGAAAGCAGGAGAGUUUGACAUAAAGGAGAAAAGCAUGGCUUUUUGAAUGUUCUCUUUAAAGGCAACUCUUACAGUCAAGCAGAUAUUGGUUAAAACGUUUGGUUUUCGUCAGCAAAUUUAAGUGAAAUCUUUCAUCUUCGGAUUGCACUUUUAAAGACUUUUAAAUAGAAAUGUCAUUUUAUGUUUUAAAGACCAAGGUGCACGUGUUGGUGCCCUUAUUUUACCUUAGAACCUUUACCUUUUUUUUAUUUAAGUUUUGUUUCUCCUUUAAGAAUGGAGAGGCAUGGACAGCUAAGCUGUUUUUCCCAGUCUGGAGGCACAUAUACAGUAUAAAACCUUUUGCACGUAUAAGCAAGUAUCCAGACGAGCCUUUUUGAAAUGUGAAUAAGCUGUCUUAAAUAUUUUUGUUCCUUUAACUUUGCUGCUACAUAUUGUGGGUGGAAGAUGAGAAGAUGUACAGAUAAUGAGACCUCUUAAAUGAAUUGUUCAAUAUAAAAACUGGGUAAAUAGAUAGGCUGUGCAAAAUAAUAAAUGUUUCCAUUAUAGUCAGUCAAUAAUAUAAUCUAUAAAGACUGGAGCAAAUGGAUGUCUAACAGAACUCUACUUCCUGCUUUGCAGCUCUCUUGGUUUCCACUGAUUGGUUACCAGACAGUAAACAAUCAGUGACUUUAGGGGCUAUUAAGUAAGACAUCCACUCACUCCAGCCUUUACAGAUUACAUUUUGGCUAACUACCGUAUAUACUCGAGUAUAAGCCGACCCGAGUAUAAGCCGAGGUACCUCAUUUUACCUACGAAAACUGGGAAAACUUAUUGAUUCGAGUAUAAGCCUAGACAUAACUACAGCCGUCUCCCAGCAGCGCACAUUCCGCCAAAGCAACCCCUCCAGCGAUCAACCCGAGUUGUUUGCAAAGUUGAUGGUGACAAAGAAUUGUCAAACGGAUUACUGUGUGCAUUGUCCCACUACCAUGUGCAGAGGGUGAUGUGUGAUAUUGCCAUUACUGCAUUACUGUUAAUCUUUCGUAUAACCAACAGAGGGCGCUGUGUGAUAUUGCCAUCACUGUUAAUCCUUCAUAUAACCAACAGAGGGCGCUGUGUGAUAUUGCAGUCACUGUUAUUCUUUCAUAUAACCAACAGAGGGCGCUGUGUGAUAUUGCAGUCACUGUUAUUCUUUCAUAUAACCAACAGAGGGCGCUGUGUGAUAUUGCAGUCACUGUUAUUCUUUCAUAUAACCAACAGAGGGCGCACUGUUAUUCUUUCAUAUAACCAACAGAUGGCGCUGUGUGAUAUUGCAGUCUCUCCCCAAGCGAACUGUUGGUAUAGGAAUGAUUAAAAGUGACUGCAAUCUCAGCCACUGCCCCCUGACUCGAGUAUAAGCCGAGGAAGACUUUUUCAGCAGAUUUUGGAUGCUGAAAAACUCGGCUUAUACUCGAGUAUAUACGGUAUACUAGAAACAUUUUUUAUUUUACACAUCCUAUUUACCCAGUUUUUUUACACAGAACUGUUCCUUUAAAUUGAAUGCAUAACAAUUAAAAGGAACAGUAUACACUGUCACCUUUGCUAAAAAUUAGCCCAUAAAAUAGGCCAUGUUUUGAAAUUACAUUCUGCCUAUUGUUACAAAUAUCCAUUUUUGCCAUUAUGAAGAACCAACUUGAAAGUUGGGCUAUGUUCACUGAAUUUACCGCCUUCCUUUUUUAAACAGGAUAAUUUCUUUAGCACUCCCUAUUUACCUUUCAACACACAAACAACCCCUCCCCUUUCUAAGCAGCCACCUUUGACCAGCUUUUUACUAGGGUCUUCUGAUUGGACUGGUAAUAUAUCACAUAUUCUUGUUUAUAAUCAGAAAUAACAGAAACCACAGAUAUUUCUUAAUUAAAACAAAAAGUAUUUUCAGCCCAAAUCCUAUUCAUUGAGCUCAUGUUGAAAUUGGGUGCAUACUGUCCCUUUAAGAAUUUCUCAUAACAUUUGGGUAGGGGUGGGGGGUAAGUAAAACUGCAGAUGGUAAAUAUGACAUUUCCCAGAAAAGAGCUAAGUGCCGUUUGUGGUUACUGAAAUGGAAAAUAUAAAUACCAGUGUUGGAUGACUCCGAACAGAGCUACUGUAGAGAGGGUGAAUACAUAUAUGCACCAGUAUAAAUCAGUGUCAGAAGCACACUAGAGAGUGGAGAAUGUACACCAGUGUUAGACAGUGGCAUAAAUAGAAGUUACUGGGACCAACAGAAAAUUGAACUUAGAGCCCCAAAACAUUUGCGAGAUGACCUAAGAUAUAUUGAAAUCACACAUUUUUAGGGACUUUUUGGGCCCUCUACCAGGCCAGAAUUUGUGGAGAGGCUACAAAGGCCUAGGACUAGGGCAGCAAGAUUUUAGGGGUGGAAUGCCGCCCAGCCCUUUCCUGAGGAGUACUGAGGAUGCGUACUACUGUACGUGUAAUCGCCAGUGCUCUGGUGUAUGAGCACGGUAGUGCAUACACGGGGGGUAUUCACGUGGGCGCUAGGACCCUGUGGCCUUGGGUUGCACAAGGCCAAACUCCAGCCCUGUCCUCUACAUUUCUAGCCCCCCCAGGCCUACUUCUUCUGUAGUUACCCCCUAGAUCUCUUCCUCUGUAGUUACUCCCCUGACACAUCAUUUGAGAAUCCUUGGCUUGAAACUUGAGCACGGAAAAACAACAAAUACAUAACCAGGGACAUAUUAUAAGAACACAAGUGCAGCCAUUUUACCUGAAUUUUCUUGAAGUGCCCCAGUUUUUCAGUGAAUUGUAGCUAACGAAAGCUGGGGAAGUCUCAGCUCCACUUAACGUCCCCAAAAAUUACUUAGUAAAUGUUGCACCUGUUAGCUAGUGCAUAAUGGCCUGAAGCUCUAAGCUGUAUUGUAUCUCCUUAUUAUAACAGAAAAAUGGUGAAUCAAAAUGGCAAAAACUGUGACAAAGUGGAGAGUUGCAAAGUAGUCUCGUGUAGUCCAAAUCCCUUUAUGCACAUGGUGUAUAACCUCUAGCAAUUAUUACACUAAAUUCUACCAGCCCAGCCCUAUGUUAUGACUCCCCCCUGCUGGUGUGCUCAUAGAAUGCCUUUUCCUGAGGAGCAUGUUCUUGACCUCUGCUUCAGUGAGUACAAUUGGUUGCUUGAUUACAUGAACACGUAGUACAUUUCUAGGGAUACCGGGAUGAAAUGUACCAUCUUCAGUGAUGAAAUUUAGAAAUGGGAUUGGCAAAGAAAGAGAAUAGAUGGGAGCGAGCAUACAGAUGUUGAAAAACAGUGAGAGGGAAGGAGGCCUGCGAUUUGGUAAAUGUGAAAAAGUUCGUGAGAAAAACUGAUUUGUUAAGAGAUAUUUGAAAAAAAUAUGCACUGGAACUUGACAGCUGAUCUGUUAAAGGGAUUGCUCAUCUUCCAAACACUUUUUUCAAUUCAGUUGGUUUCAGAUUGUUCCCCAGAAAUAAAGACUUUUUUCAAUUACUUUCCAUUAUUUAUUUUUUACUGUUUUUCCAAAUUCUUAAGUUUAAAGUUGAAUGUUCCUGUCUCUGGUGUUUCAGUCCGGCAGCUCAGUAAUUCAGGCGCAGACUCUAAACUGUUACAAUUUUGCAACAUUUAGUUGAUACAUUUCUCAGCAGCAUCUCUGGAGUAUUAACAACAAUUGUAUCAAUUCUAACAGCUGCCUGUAAUGAAACCCAGAGAUUCUGCUCAGCAGGGACAAAGAUAAGAAAUGUAUCAACUAAAUGUAUCCAUUUAGAACAGUUUACAUGGUCGGCGACCCCCUCCCAGGGCUGCUUCAGAAGGUGAAAAAUGACACUUUAAACUUCAAUAUAUAUAUAUAUAUAUAUAUAUAUAUAACGGUCACACAUAGAAAAUAAAAAGUCAUUGGAAAAAGUCGUUAUUUCUGGUGAUUUAUCUGAAAACAACUAGUUGUUUGAAGGUGAACCACCCCUUUAAGACAUAGGUUGUUCAACAUUACAUAUAUAUAUAUAUAUAUAUAUAUAUAUAUAUAUAUAUAUAUAUAUAUAUAUAUAUAUAUAUAUAUAUAUGUAAAUAUAUAUUUAUAUUAUUUAUAUUUAAAAUAAUUUAUAUUCUAGUUGCAUGUCACAUUUGGGCAUACUAAAUUUAUGAGUGGCUUCUGACUUGCAAAGUGGUUUUAUUUACUGCACUGAUUUCUGAUUUAUUUAGGAUUUUUUGUUUGCUGCUACAAUAAAUGUUACAUUUGUUCUUCAAGAGUACCGUAUAACAAUUAUUGUUUUUAAGAUCUUGCAAGUAAUUGUCUUUCUUUAUAUAUAUCCCAAGAAACUGUAUACAUAUUUAUAAAUGCCAUUACAUUUGAAAGUUGCACUAAGGAUGUACAAAUAUUUUUAAACAUUACAUUUACUAUUAAAGGCCUAAACAGGCACAAGACAGCAA